UGAGCCAAUUAGUAAAAACAUUCUUGGAAAUCCAGCAGAUUGCAUCAAAUCAGAUAAGCCCUAUUGAGAAAACGAUUAACCAUGUGGCUGUCAGUUGUUCAAAACAAUAGCAGGGCUUAUUUAAAUGCCUCUGUGGUGCAGCUCAGGUGUUUGUGUGUUUUAGCUCCCGCUGCCUGAAAGUCUCUUCUUCUGCUGCUCUCCAACUGUCAUUUGUUCCCCCACCCCACUGGCGUUCUUCAGGGGAUCUCUGCCUCGUGAUUUUACUGUCCUUCACUUUCUCACUCAAAUCACACACACACACACACACACACACACACACACACACACACACACACACACACACACACACACACACACACACACACACACACACACACACACACACACACACACACACACACGCGCGCACACACACACACACACACACACACACACACACACACACACACACACACACACACACACUGGAGCGUACUCCCAGGUGGUGAGUGGUUGCUUUGAGCAACAGCAACAAAGUCCCAAGUGUUCAGACUGUCACCUCUCCUUGCACCAAUUCUUCAUUCCAUUAUCUUAUCUCUACAUGUCCAUCCCAAUAUCCAUCUCAGAAUAUGUUGGGUUUUUUUUUCCGUUUCCUAAACCCAUUCAGCAGUAUUUUUGACUUUUAUUAGCAAAUUUCUCAGUUUGGCAUCUAAAUAAAUCAGUUAAUAGUCAUCCCUUCUUCUGUCAACAUACAAAUCUCUCUGCACAUCUUGGAUUUUGACACACUAGGAGGACUUUGGAUGUAAGGUGGCAGAGCUAAGGAGGAAAACGAGGAGAUCAAACUAAAAGAAGGUGGUAAGAGAGUGACAUGGUGAAGGAAAGCUCAGAGCGAGUGAGAAGCAGGAGAGGGACAUUCAGAGGCUGUGGAUAUUCAGAGCAGGGUCCACAGGCAGAAAGUGACUUAUUGAGUGGGGUAUCUCUGCACCUCUGUGAGCUUAAACCAUCUCCACACCUCAAUCAACAAGAGCCCUGCACCUCAGAGACUGAGGCUUUCUCCGCCUCGCCGUUCUUUAUUUUCUCGCCACCUGCAAUCAGAUAUUUUGUUUUUUUUACCUCUUCUUCCACCUCGUCUCCAGUUUGUUAGGCAUUUUAUCUCUUUCUCUAAGCCACUUUGAUCCAGAUUUAAAUACUGCACCCCUCCUCCUUACACCCUCUCUCCAUUUUUGCCUUGUUUCCCUAUUUCUCUCUCUCACCCUUCUCUCUCUUGCUCUCUCUCUUUCUCUCUCUCUCUCUCUCUUUCACUCUCUCUCACUGUGAGAAGGGAAAACAACAUCAACGGCUGAGGCACAGUAUCAGCACAUGCAACAGGGAGCAGGCUGCACCUUCUGUCUCCCCACCUUCCUCUCAGACUCCUAUUUUUCUCGGAGGAAGGUUGCACAGAAGAAGAGACUGCAGGAGUGGACCAGAGCUGGUGAAGAUCUACCACAAAACUCUGUUUAAUAGAAAAUCAGAAGAAGGGCAAAAGUCUGAAAGACAGAGUUGGAAAUUUUUGUGCUGCAUUUUUGAAGUUAAAAGAAGAUGAACAAUAGAGAGGACAUGGAGCGUUAACAGGUGGUUGAGACUUUAAGAAUGAAGAUGCCACCUGUGGCUCCAGUUUGAUCCAAGAACAGCCUCCUCGAUUAACUGUGGCUGCCUUCCCCGCAACACAUCUUGGCUAAAUUUUAACACUGAUGGCGUCCAAGAAGAAGUGGGCAGAGCGAAGGGAGUUAAGAAGAGACCGUCCUUUCUCCACUCGGGAUGAUUCAUCUGUUGCAUCCGGAGCAUCUGGGCCGGGCCGUUCCACCACCAGGGGGCGGUUCUCUGAGUCGUGGAAGAGGCUCAGCUCCAGAGGGGGCUCCACCAAGAGGGGGGCACUGAACUCACAGCAGCCACCGGCACAGAAAUCAUGGAUAGAAAGAGCAUUCAGCAAGAGAGAAUGUGUUCAUAUCAUAGUGAGUGCCAAAGACCCUCAUAGAUGCUGCUGUGGUCGUCUCAUAGGUCAGCAUGUGGGUUUACCGCCCGGCAUCUCGUCCAGUCAGAAUGACAAGGCAGAGCGUUUGGCCAAGAAUGACAGCUUGUCGGAGAAGUGGUCGAUCAGCAAACACACGCAGCUCAGUCCCACUGAUGCCUUUGGCACCAUUGAGUUCCAGGGAGGAGGACACUCCAAUAAAGCCAUGUAUGUGCGAGUGUCUUAUGACACAAAGCCUGACCUGCUGCUGCACCUGAUGACCAAGGAGUGGCAGCUGGAUCUUCCCAAGCUGCUCAUCUCAGUCCAUGGAGGCCUACAGAACUUUGAAUUACAGCCUAAGCUCAAGCAGGUCUUUGGCAAAGGGCUCAUCAAAGCUGCCAUGACAACAGGAGCUUGGAUAUUCACAGGAGGAGUUAACACAGGUGUGAUCCGGCACGUUGGAGAUGCAUUAAAAGACCACGCCUCCAAAUCCAGAGGGAAGAUCUGCACCAUUGGCAUCGCUCCGUGGGGAAUUGUGGAAAAUCAAGAGGAUCUUGUUGGUAAAGAUGUGGUGCGUCCAUACCAGACCAUGUCCAACCCCCUGAGCAAGUUGACAGUUCUUAACAGCCUCCACUCUCACUUCAUCCUGGCAGACAACGGCACCACGGGCAAAUAUGGAGCUGAGGUCCGACUGCGACGGCAGCUGGAGAAACACAUCUCCCUCCAGAAAAUCAACACACGUAUCGGUCAGGGCGUUCCGGUGGUGGCUCUCAUUGUGGAAGGAGGACCUAAUGUGAUCUCCAUAGUGCUGGAGUACCUCAGGGACACUCCUCCGGUCCCUGUGGUGGUGUGUGAUGGCAGCGGGAGAGCGUCAGACAUCUUGGCCUUUGGACACAAAUACUCUGAAGAAGGAGGCAUAAUCAAUGAGUCUCUUAGAGACCAGCUGCUGGUGACCAUCCAGAAGACUUUCACCUACAGCCGCACACAGGCCCAACAUCUGUUCAUCAUUCUCAUGGAGUGCAUGAAGAAGAAGGAACUGAUAACAGUUUUCCGGAUGGGCUCUGAGGGUCAUCAGGACAUUGACCUUGCCAUCCUCACUGCAUUACUCAAAGGUGCCAACGCUUCAGCUCCAGACCAGCUGAGUUUGGCUCUGGCGUGGAAUCGAGUGGACAUCGCCCGCAGUCAGAUAUUCAUCUACGGACAACAGUGGCCUGUUGGUUCCCUGGAACAGGCGAUGCUUGAUGCCUUAGUUUUGGAUAGAGUGGACUUUGUGAAGUUGCUGAUCGAAAAUGGAGUCAGCAUGCAUCGUUUCCUCACGCUUUCCAGACUGGAGGAGCUCUACAACACGCGACAUGGACCAUCAAACACGCUGUACCACCUUGUCAGAGAUGUGAAAAAGCGAGAAUAUCCAGGGUUCAGUUGGAUCUACUUCAAGGGAAACCUGCCCCCGGACUACCGCAUCAGUCUCAUUGACAUAGGACUGGUCAUUGAAUACCUCAUGGGUGGGGCGUAUCGAUGCAACUACACCAGGAAGCGAUUCAGAACUCUGUACCACAACCUGUUUGGACCCAAACGGCCCAAAGCCCUGAAACUGCUGGGAAUGGAGGACGACAUGCCAAUCCGCAGAGGCCGCCAGAAGACGACGCGUAAACGAGAAGAAGAGGUGGACAUUGAUUUGGAUGACCCAGAGAUAAACCACUUCCCUUUCCCCUUCCAUGAGCUGAUGGUGUGGGCUGUGCUCAUGAAACGUCAGAAGAUGGCGCUGUUCUUUUGGCAGCAUGGUGAGGAAGCCAUGGCCAAGGCCUUGGUGGCAUGUAAGCUGUGUAAGGCCAUGGCUCACGAAGCAUCUGAGAACGACAUGGUGGACGACAUCUCGCAAGAACUCAACCACAACUCUAGAGAGUUUGGCCAGCUGGCUGUGGAGCUCCUAGAUCAGUCAUAUAAACAGGAUGAGCAGAUGGCGAUGAAACUUCUGACAUAUGAGCUGAAAAACUGGAGCAACGCCACCUGCCUGCAGCUGGCGGUAGCAGCAAAACAUCGAGAUUUCAUCGCUCACACCUGCAGUCAGAUGCUGCUGACCGACAUGUGGAUGGGACGCUUGCGCAUGCGCAAAAACUCAGGCCUCAAGGUGAUUUUAGGUCUUCUUUUGCCUCCGUCCAUCCUGAGUCUGGAGUUCAAAAACAAGGAUGAGAUGUCCUACAUGCCUCAGGACCAGGAUACUUAUUUGCAGGAAAAAGAAGAGGAGGAGCCCGAGAAGCCAGUCAAGGAGAAGGAGGAGGAGGACAUGGAGUUCACAGUAAGAUCUUACUGUGAGACGCAGUACAACUCCGUGGCAAUGCUGGGUAAGGUAACCGCAGAGGCAUCCAGAAAAAAGGAUGUCGAGGAGGUUCAGAGCCGCCACCGCCUCAUCCCCAUGGGACGCAAAAUAUAUGAGUUCUACAACGCUCCAAUUGUCAAGUUCUGGUUUCAUACGAUGGCAUAUGUGGGAUACCUGAUGUUGUUUAACUACAUUGUCCUGGUUAAGAUGGACCUGUGGCCUUCUCCCCAAGAGUGGAUUGUCAUUGCUUACAUCUUCACCAACGGCAUUGAAAAGAUGAGAGAGAUCCUGAUGUCAGAGCCAGGGAAGUUGCUGCAGAAGGUGAAGGUGUGGCUUCAGGAGUACUGGAACAUAACAGACCUCAUGGCCAUCCUCAUUUUUUCCGUCGGUAUGGUUCUGCGUCUCCAGGAACCACCGCUCAUGAGCUACGGGCGGGUCAUCUACUGUGUCAACAUCAUCUACUGGUACAUCAGACUGCUCGACAUCUUUGGAGUCAACAAGUACCUGGGGCCCUAUGUGAUGAUGAUCGGCAAGAUGAUGAUCGACAUGAUGUAUUUUGUGAUCAUCAUGUUGGUGGUGCUGAUGAGUUUUGGGGUGGCUCGUCAGGCCAUCCUCAAUCCUAAUGAAGACCCGUCCUGGAUGCUAGCCAGAAACAUCUUCUUUAUGCCCUACUGGAUGAUCUAUGGAGAGGUGUUUGCUGACCAGAUUGACCAUAUGCAUAGUAGGAAGUUACAGCAAAGGCUGAAUGAAAAACUCUGGCUGGUCGAAAAUUACUUUCGAACGCACGGAACCUGGCGUAGCAAUGGUCCAUCCCACAUUGCCCAGUGCAGUCAGAAUCCCACUCCCUGUGGACAGAAUAUCACCACGGAGGAUGGCGUGGUGGUGGCUCUACCACCUUGUAAGACUGGUGCUUGGAUCGUCCCUGCAAUCAUGGCAUGCUAUCUGCUGGUGGCUAACAUCCUGCUAGUCAACCUCCUCAUAGCAGUGUUUAAUAACACCUUCUUUGAGGUGAAGUCCAUCUCAAACCAGGUGUGGAAGUUCCAGCGGUACCAGCUCAUUAUGACCUUCCAUGAGCGCCCAGUCCUUCCUCCACCCCUCAUCAUCUUCAGUCACAUAACCAUGGUCCUCAAGCAUCUGUGCUGCCGCUGGCGCAAGCACGACGACGACGAGAGAGACUAUGGACUGAAGCUUUUCAUCACAGAGGAUGAGCUAAAGAAAGUUCAUGACUUUGAGGAGCAAUGCAUAGAGGAAUACUUCAGAGAGAAGGAUGACAGAUUUCAUUCAUCCAAUGAUGAAAGGAUCAGAGUCACAUCUGAGAGGGUGGAGAACAUGGCGAUGCGCCUGGAAGAGGUCAAUGAGAGGGAACACUUCAUGAAGGCAUCACUGCAGACUGUUGAUAUCCGUCUGGCACAAAUGGAGGAGCUAAUUGGACGAAUGGCCGUUGCGCUGGAGCGUGUGACGGGUGUUGAGCGCGUGGAGGUCAACAAAGCACGAUCCCGGACUUCGUCUGAUUGCACUGAUUCUGCGUAUAUACUCCGCCAAGCUGAGUGCCAGGAUUCCGCAUACAUCCUACGCCAGAGCAGCUUCAACAGCACUGAGGGGAAUGCCUACCGCCUACAGGAGGCGUUGGAGGGAACAGCCGAGGGCUCCAUGUCCCCUCCCUCUCCCACAAGCAUGGCUAUGCGGACAAGAAGUCACUCAUUUUAUGUUGGAGGCGGGCGUGUUGUUGAGCGCGCAAGCGGGGCUGAACGGGCCGAAAGCUUCUUCAAAGAGCGGUCGCUCAGUCUCCACCGAGCCAACAGUUCGCAGUCUGUGUCCUCAGCUGCUGCCCCCAAGGAGUCUAAGCCCCUCCCACUGGCGACGCUGUCGGUUUCCCAGCAGCACCGUCCAUCAUCGUGCAUUGAUAUUUAUGUCUCCACUUCUGAAGAGGUAGGACCAACAGAGGUAUUUCUGGAAGCUCUCCGUGUGGUCCCACCCCUGCAGAGAGACUCCUCGGUGCAGUCAGAUACCAUGGAGACGGUGCUGCGUGGAGGCCGUGACUUCAGCAGCACUGCCACUAGCGGUUUGGGCGACAGGCACUCGGAGGGCGGAGGAGGAAGCAGCGGAACAACUGGAGCUAUGUUUGAUGACAGUGCAGCUGCUGACUUGUCAUUGUGCUCGGCACACCUCUUACCAGACACCACCCUACCUCCUUGGGAUAUGGAACCAUCUCCACCUCCCUCAGCAGGGCUGCUUGAACGCUCUAAGAGCAGCCGCUACCUCUCAACAGCGGGCACGUCCUUCCUGGAUGAGCCUCCUCUGGUGAAGUCCCACAGCCUUAUGUUCACGCCAAGAGGCUGCUAUGGUGGACUUGGGGCAGGGGUCCAGGUAAAGGCAGCAGAGUACACCAGCAUCACUGACUGCAUCGAUACACGCUGCGUCUCAGCUCCAUACACUCCUGCAGAAUGCUCACACUCACCCGGAGCUUCCACCUCAUUCACCUUUGAUAAACCGUCUGACAUUAGUUCCUCUCACCCAGAGAGAGAAGCGGAGCUAAGUCACACAGAGUCUGAUCCAGAGGACCCUGAGGACAUGAUUCCAGCCUCUGAUACCCCUCGGAUAGGGGGCCUUGGUGGGCCCAGUGGAGCCCCUCUCUGCUCCCCCUUCUCCAAGCUGGAGCGCGCAAACAGCUGCUCUUCAGACGACUCCCAUCCUUCCCUCACACUGGCCCCUCCGCACCGGAAGAGCCUGUCGGUGAGUGAGAGGAUGGAGAGGGGACCGGGUUUGGGAGCAGAUAGGGUACCUGGGUCUGGGGGGCGAGGUCUGGUAGGACACAGAAACCCUUUCCUCAGGAGCAAGUCCGGAGCAAGACCUGAAACAGCUAAGACAGACAGCCUGUCUAUAAGGAAGCUGGCUGCUCCAUCAGCUUUCCGCAGCUUUGAUAGACAAAACUACACGUGACAUGGACACAUCACUGCACUCACACACUGUUAGGGCCAAGGUGGAAACGGCAAUGGUGACAGCAGGAUGAAGCUGCCCGUAGAUGCUGGUCUGUACCACACCUACGCUAUAUUCCCUCACAUUUUUCAUUAGAAACAGUUACUCAUAGUCAGUGUUGAGGGGCAGCUUUAUCCUGACCCACGGAUGAGAAAAUGUAGAAGUUUUUAUGUAAAACCAUCAAAAACAAAGAGCUACAAAUCUAGACUAGUUUAUGCCUCUUGUAGCAAAGUACGGGAUGUUCUGACAACGGAAGGUGUAUUUGUCUUGUAUGUCUUCCAGUAUCCAACUUCACAUCGAGUAGACAUCUGUCACUGUGUUGCAUCACAUAUCAGUCACACUAGUCAGAUAAAUAUGCUGUUUUUUCUACCUGCAUUAAUCUGUAGACGCCAUCAGAGAGAAACCAGUAAGAAAGGACACACUCAACUUGUUGGGCCAUGCUUUGUCAAAAUCAUUUCACCGUCUCCAGUCUGCUCAUACGAGGCUAAUGCAUGAAUGGUGGUUUUUGAUGAAAGAAAUGUGUAUGGUGACAAUCUCUCCACACACAAGCAUGGAUGGAAAGCAUUAACAAGUGCAAUUGCAAAUAAUGAGGACUAGAGGGCGCUGUGAGCGUGUGAGUGGGCUCGUGCUUGGCCAGAUUAAACAGAUGUGAACCUUUUUUUUUGCCUGAACCUUACACCAAAAAAUCUUUCCACUCAGUUAAGUCUUAGCUCUCUUUGUAGUCAAACCCCUCCUUUACGUUUUGGAGAUGUUAUUGUUUAUUUAUUUUACAACCAUUUACAUCUAUUAGAUCCGUCCUUCCAUCUAUUCCAAUAUUGCCAUUUAUUUUACCCAUUUUCUGCAAACAGACUCUUAGAGAAAGAUAACUGAUGAAUGGUCCAAAUGUAAAACGGUGUACAGGUCACAGAGUUCUAAAAUAAAGCACUACUUUGAAAUUUAAGAGCUUGGGAAUAAGCUGUUGAGUAUAUGCAUUCUAUCAGAGGUUCGAUAUAUUUUAGAUGACAUGAAAGAAGAAAUAUUGGAUUAAUAAUAUCAUCAAAAAGAUGAACCCAGAUGCUAGUUUUUCCUCUUGUUUUAAUUUUUUUUAUUCUACUGGAAAAGUUUGAUGAGAAACAAAGGAUGUCUGUCCAAUUUUGAUUUGUAAAAAAUAGAUGAAAUUAUUAGAGUCCUAGUUGAUUAAAUAUAUUUUCUCGCAUUUAUAAUUCUGUUUAAUCAUGUUGCAUUUACAUUGAGAUGAUGAUUCUAUUUAUGAACAUUUUUCCUGCUCAUUGAUUGAAGUAAAUGCCUGUUUGAAUUACAAAAUUAAUAUUUAUAUGUUUUCAGUGAUAUUUUUGUCAAAUUAUGAGUAUUUUAUAAUUAAGCUUUUAAAUAUAAUAAAAUAAAAGAUGACCAUCUACAUGCACUAAAAUGAUGAUGUAUAAUAUUAUUUAUUAAUAUCAGUCUCAAACACUGUACAUUUCUAUCAUAUUUAAUGUAUUUUAAGUAGUUUUUAUUGUGUUUUAUCAAACUAUUUAUGAGGACUUUUUUAAUGUUGAUUUGGCAACACAUAGUUGCCAGUUAACCAAACUUAGGGUGCCUUUUUUGGGCAUGGAUGAUGAACUUGGGGAUCUUGUUUGUCUUCUUUAAGAAUCACGUUUGCUUAUCACUUUCUCGUAAACAUCUGCUCUCCUUGUCACCUGACAUACGGUGAGGAAUUGUUGAUUCUGGCAGAUAGUUUCAUUGCAUUUUUUGGGAUUUCUCACAAAAAGGAUAUCUUUAACUUCUCAAAGUUUAGAUUUUUUUUUUUUUUUUUUUGCACAUUAAACUAAAACAUCAAAUUGAGAAAACAGCUUCUCGCUUGUAAUAACUUGAUCUUAUCACGGCCCAAACAUAAACAUUCAUUACUGUUUAAACCUCUCUGUCGCAUAUCAAUAAAGAGGUGCAACUGUCA